GGUGUUAUUGUUGAAUCAGACCGUGUCCUUAAAACCAGGGCACCGGUGGAACUUCUCGAGUCUGACCUCGAGUUUUCCCGGGUGAGUGAUGUCAGCGUUAAAUCCCAAAUCUCUCUCCUCCCAGGUGUGGUCCAGAUAGUGGAGGUGAUACUGAAUGGGAUGGUUCUCAUGUGUGUCGUGGCCUCCUACUUUGUCCUUGCUGGGUUCACUGCGAGCUUUACCAGUGGCGGAGGCUUUGGGAACAACUACUACUCACCAUUCGAGGGCACCGAGCUGGAGCAGGUUCGGCAGCUGGACCAGAAGUACACAGUGCUCCGGGCACCCCUGAUCUACGGGGGUGUGGCUGUUUCUCUGGGCCUGGGUGUCCUCACUAUGAGCGUUUUACUCCAAGGAGCCAAAAGCCUCACGGAACUGUCAGGGAAGUGGCUCCUCUUGGAGGCCGCCUUCAGCCUCCUGGCGGCGGUGAGCUACGGCGUGGGCAUCGGCCUGUACCUCCACGUGGCCUUGCAGAUCAAUGCCACAGACACCUGCAGAGCACGAGCGAGGCUCUACGCCCGCAAGGGCCUCACCUGGAUGAACUGCCAGCUGGCAGGCACGGACGGGGCGGCGGCCACCUUUGCCUGUCUCCUGGUGGUGAUGUACAGCAGCAGUGUGGUGCUGGCCCUGCGGAGCUACCGGCGACAGAAGCACUGCAAAGAGAGCCAAGCACAGCACAGUGGCUGCAGUGACGCGCCCGAAUACCUGUGGUCGGGAACUCUCUGAGACCGUCUUCUGGAACCUACAGGGCAACGCACCUCCCUUGUCUCUCUCCGAAAGAGGUGUCUUUUCAGAUGACACAUUAGACAACCGUGGUUUUCACACACUCGAGGUUACAGACGGUCCCGUCGGUACCAACAGAACUAAGGAGCCAGAGAAAUUCGGGAAGAGAGGGGAGACUGACAGGUCAGGGGGUAGCAGGCCCAGCGCUACAGCCGAAGUAAUCUUGCCUGGCGUAACUAAAGUCACGACAAGAAAUAUGCCCCUGCUCCCCGUGUUGGGUCCCAGGGGAAUGAUUUUAAAGCAGUUGUAUGAUUGAAUUCCAAAUGAGUGACUACAUUCUGACCCUCCGAGAACGAAGCCGCCAUGACUGCCUGGGGCCCAGGGAGCCUUCCUCCCUUCAAGAUGGAAGGCAGGAUUCCUGAAUAAAGAGAGAUGCCGGUAGCAUGUGUGGUCUGCCUCAGGAUCCCUGCAGUCGGGCUGAGAGAGAGGGUUUUUGCCAGCAUUCCAAGUUCCUUUUUUUCUUGCAGGUCAUUCAUUUGGAUUUCACGUUCCUAAAAUAUGUUAUAAUUUUCUUAAAUAUGAGGCUUUCCAGAGAGUGAGAAGUAAAAUUCAUGAACUUCUUAAAUGUGUUAUUCAACUGAUUUCAAAAAUAGAACAGUUAAUUUUACUAGACUAGAAGGGCUUAUUGGAGGCUUCCCCUUUUCUGCCUUCCCUGACAGUGCCCUCCAGAGUAGGCCUUCAAAGGCAGCUUGUGGGGCGCCUGGGUGGCUCAGUUGGUUAAGCGACUGCCUUCGGC